CACAAUCUUCUUUCACCUUACACCGAUUUCUUUGCUCAAGCGUACAAGAGAAGACACUGCUCUCUUUCUACUCUCUUUGUCAUAGUAAGAUUUCAGAAAAUAUCCAAGGUAUACAUUAGAGUCGCUCAAAAUGCUUGAUGAGCGUUACCAAGAAGUACAUCGGAUGCGGCACUUGCUAUCUCAUAGCAGAUACAUUGUGUUGCAAAACAAGUGAUUUUCCAAGCAACGGCAUUUCAUAAACACAUCUCAGUCACAUACGUCCUUUGUAACAACUCUUGUCAUUACACGAAAAACUUUCGAACGAGAAUGUUCUUUAAAAGAUUUUUUGUACCAACGAAGCUAACAAAGUUAUGUUACGCGCUCAUUAUCUCUGUGUUAAUGCUUAUGAUACUUUGCCGUUUAAGUUUUAAACAUGAAACGAAAAAAUUGGACGUAAACAGUGAACUUUUUCAAGAAGAUGAGAACCAACCGACUAAUUUUAUACCUUACGACGGUAAUCUGAGAUAUAUCGUCCGUUGGGUAAAUCCUACGAACAAAAUGGUGGAAUACGUCGAAGGUUCUCGACUGUUCGUGAUGAAGAGUUGCCACUGGACAAACUGCUACUUCACUGAUAACAGCAACAUCCUGAACUCAUUUUCAGGAUUCAGUGUCGUCCUUUUCGACGGACCGGACAUGAAAUAUUUUGAGACUUCGAAGCACUUGCCGAAAGUGCGUAGCCAGCACCAAAAGUUCGUAUUCGUGAGCGGCGACGCGGCGGCCAGUCUACCGAUCUGCAGCGACAUGUGGAAUGACUACUUCAACUGGACGUGGACCUACAAACUGGACUCGGAUAUGGUCUGGAAAUAUAUAGUCAUAAGAGAUGUACACGGCAAAAUUGUUGGACCGAAAAAAGAUAUGAAUUGGAUAAAACCUGAAAAUAUGCUGCCCGUAGAUAGUGCAUUUAUAAUGAAGUUGAGAUCUAAAACGAAAAUCGCCGCUUGGUUUGCAUCCAACUGCAAAACGGACAGUCAAAGGGAGAAUUUCGUUAAGGAGUUAGAAGUAUACUUGAGCGAAUAUAAUUUGGAAUUGGAUAUUUAUGGAGGUUGUGGGAAAUUAAAUUGUCCGAGAAUUAUAAUGGGGAGGUGUCUUGAGAUGUUGGAGAAGGACUAUUUCUUCUACUUAGCAUUUGAAAACUCUCUGAGCGAAGACUAUGUGACGGAUAUAUUACUGCACGCGCUCAAGCACGACACAGUGCCUGUCGUCUUCGGUGGGGCCAAUUACACGAGGUAACAUCUUACAAAAUACUAAACUAACUAUACUCUACACUCUUAUACCGUGGAUUACUGCUUAAUAAUACAUCCAUUCUUUCUUAAACAGUGAGAUAAUAUUAUGCGUUUGCAUAGAAAUAAAAUACUUAUGUUACAGUCGGUCUAUAUAAUGUACACGUCAUAUUUCUACAGAUUCUUACCAGACAACGCGUAUUUGAACGCGCUGGAGUACGGGCCCGAGGGUCUGGCGCGUCGCAUGUACGAGCUGAUGCAGAGCCCCUCGAAAUACCAGAAGUUCUUCAGGUGGAGGAAUCACUACUCUUACCACGCUCACGACGAGGCCCCUGACUCCGACAACUUCUGCAACCUUUGCGCCGCCGCCAACAAAUAUCGCUUUGACAACGACAUGCGUAAAACGAAUUUCAAAAGUUGGUGGAACACGAAAGAUAAAUGUAAAUGAGUUCUACUAAUACUAGUGACAAGUUCACUAGUAAAAGUUAUAGUAUUAGUAAAGUAGAGAAGAACUAGUGUUAUU